AUGCUGUCACCACAACAGGCCGCUAUAUCGACGUUUGACUUGAUCCUGGCCAUCGUUUGCGUCAUCCUGCUCUUGUUACUUCUUCUCGCCUGUUGUGUACUUUCUUCAUACUGCAAACGAAGACGAGCGGUUGCCACCAGUGAUCGUGAGUACAUGGUAUCGGCGAAAGCAGGACCACGCCCUUAUGAUGUUGAGGCCAUCUCUCGAACAACCGCGCAAAGGGUCUUAUCGGCUCGACCACUGCCGGAGCCAUUAACGCAUCAAAUUGAAGUCGCAGUUUCACCGAUUUUCGUGGAUUCCACGCUAAGCACAAACAAAAGCGAUACAACGCGGGAUUUUGCAAAUAGUGUCAGGGAGAGACCGUCGCUCUUACAAAGUGCCUUGGCUAGACAGAAGGUUCACUCCACUCCCUCGAAGUCGGCUCAACUGUCUCAGAACUGA